AUGGGCAAUUCUACAAAACAACAAGAGCAGCAUAAAAUUCCCCUUGGAAACAAAAUUUCCUUUUUAAAUAAAAACAUCCCAGUUAUUAACAACAGCAAUAAUAACCAUCAAAGUUUUCACAUGGCACAUAACUUUCACAAUCCAUUAAACUAUAUACACAAUCUCCAUAUCAGUGACAAUAAUGAUAGAGAACAUUCAAUAGAUAUUUCUCCACGGUCGUUAUCAAAUGCCGCUACCAAUAGUCUAAUUACCAUGAAUGAUCAGCAAGCCCCAAAUAAACCAGCUGAACCAAAAGAAAAUGCAAAAACAGAGGGUGAGCCGAUGGAAAAUGAUAGUAAUAAUAUAUUAUCUAGUUUGCCUUCACCACAAGGAAUGUCUGGCCGUAAUCCAUUAAUAGAAAAUGAUGAAUUGAAAUAUAAAUUCAAUUAUAAAGGAUAUCAUAUGCACCCAAUUGAAUAUUUACAAAAGAAAUUAGAACAUGAAUCUUUAUUACUGAAGCAAAAAUCACUAUCAUCUAUUAAUUCUUCUUCUCCUUCUUUUUCCUCUUCCUCCUUUUCCCUUUUGCAUAACAGCAACAACACCGAUCAUAAUAAUGAAAGUAAUAAUGAUAACCGUAGUUUAUUAAACUCGACUUCAUUGAGUUCAAACGACAGAAUUAGUAGCCCUUUGUCAAACAAUAAUAAUAAUAAUAAUAACAACAACAACAACAACAACACACUUUUUGGGCGCUUAACUCCUUCAAACAGUAUUUCGAACGUUCUUAGUUCUAAUACUACAAAUAGCGAACAAUCCCCCUUAUCUGCGACAGUUUCACCAAAUGGUGAAGAAUAUCUUAAUCGUAAUCAUCACCAGCAUCAUCACCAGCAUCAUCACCAUCACCAACACCAGCACCAUCAUCACAAUGAGUUAAAUAAUGUAAAUUAUGGAAGUGGUGCAGGUAAAUUGAAAAGGUUUUUCAAGAAAAUACACGAAAAUCAUCAAAAUAUCAUCAAAGGUUCACUAUAUAAAAGCAAAUCAAGUCUAUCAUCAGCUUCUACAAAUGAUUCUUCAAGGAGUGAUAGUACUAAAAAUUACACGAAGGCAAAGACGACGCCCAAAAACGGAACAUCUUCAGAAUUAGUAGAAAAAUAUGGGAUACCAGGCAGAUUGUUGGGCGAAGGUGCCUCAGGAUCAGUUAAUAUUAUUGAAUCCAAAUCAAGGGUAGAUGGGAAUGGUAAUAAAAUUUUGUAUGCAAUGAAGAAAUUCAGGCCAAAGACCACGCAAACAGAGUCAACAGCAUCAUAUUGUAGGAAAGUUACCAGUGAGUUUUGCAUUGGAUUUAUAUUGCAUCAGCAGAAUAUCAUUGAAACAUUUGACAUUUUCCAAGAAGGACCAGAAACUUUUUACGUGGUUAUGGAAUAUUGUCCCUAUGAUUUUUUCACUUUAGUAAUGAGUGGAUUGAUGACCAAGUACGAAAUAGCAUGCUAUUUUAAGCAAAUAUGCAAUGGUGUUUAUUAUUUACACUCAAUAGGGUUGGCUCAUAGAGAUUUAAAAUUAGACAAUUGCGUGGUUACUAAUCAGGGGAUUUUAAAAUUAAUUGAUUUUGGCAGUGCCGUUAUUUUCCAAUAUCCAUAUGAAAACGAAAUCGUUAAAGCCCAUGGUGUCAUGGGCAGUGAUCCGUAUUUGGCACCAGAAGUAUUACCUCAAAGGAAAAAGGGGGCUAUUGGUGGUGGAAAUAUUGGCACUUCUUCCAGUUAUAACAACAGUAAAACCAUUGCUGGUUACGAUCCAAGACUUGUUGAUGUUUGGUCAAUCGCCAUAAUAUACUGUUGUAUGUAUUUGAAGAGAUUUCCUUGGAAAGCACCCAACGAGGAGGAAAUAACUGCCUUUAGAUUAUUUUGUGCGAAACCUGAUUCUCCGGACGAUAAUAACAAGGGACCUAAUAGGUUACUAAAAUUGUUACCUAGAAAUUCUAGAAAAUUAAUUGGUGAAAUGCUAGUUAUUGAUGUUGAUAAAAGGAUCUUAAUGGAUGGAGUAAUACGAGAUAAAUGGUUUAAACAUAUUGAAUUUUGUAAAAUUGAUGAAAAAACCAAACUUUUAAUUAGUAUACCAGAAAACCAUAAACAUCAUUUAAUAACAGAGGAUGAAUUAAAGGAAUUGAAUAAAAGAAAAGCUGAAAUGAAAAAAAGAGAGGAGCAGGAACAGAAGCAACAAAAUUGA